CAUUUCUCCUACUUUUCCGUAGGCAGAGGAGGAAUUUGAUCGCUGAUGUUUUUGCAGAGAGUAACAUCUAUUUCGGGGAAGGUUCGAACUCUACCGGAGUUCCGACUAGGUUGCUGUCCGUAAACAGGUUUCAGAGGAUAAGCAUCUAUAACCCAGCUACAUUUUAUGGUAUUCAUGUCAGCUCUAUACCUAUCAAUCUGGUAAACUGUUGUUGCACCAAUCAGAAAAUGUGCUCUAGCGCUCUCGCUCCAUCUCCGUGAAGCCGAUUUACAUACUGUUUGUCUCAGGGGGUGAACAGGGUAUUUGAUAUAUGCCUCUAGACUAUUGCAGCUUUCACUUUCUGAAAAUGUCGUUCUUAAAAGAUCUUUGGUUUGAUUGUGAGGCCCAGUUUAUGUCACUGGUUUUACACAGCUCUUCAACAAUUUCAGAAAUUUUUAGCUACACGGCAUUAAGACAAUUAUUGCAAAUGUUCAUUGCAAUAAUGUUCUUCCAUGUUUCUGAGUAUCUUCUUGCAAUCACCGUUCACGGGAAGUCCAAAGUAACGCUCAAGUCCCUUCUUAUCAGCAAAAACUAUAUAGUGGCCAUCAUCUUUUGCCUGUUAGAGUAUCUCGUCGAAAUAUACUUCUUUCCUCAUAUCAAGGAACAUUGGUGGAUAAGCAAUCUGGGCCUGGCAAUGGUUGUUAUAGGUGAGAUCAUCAGGAAACUAGCUAUUGUAACUGCUGGUCAGUCCUUCACUCAUCUCAUAAAGAUCUAUCACGAGGAACAUCAUAGGCUAGUUACUCAUGGAAUCUAUAGAUACGUACGCCAUCCCAGCUAUUGUGGUUUCUUGAUCUGGUCUGUUGGUACUCAAAUCAUGCUUUGCAACCCAAUUUCAACCAUUGCAUUUGCGAUAGUUGUCUGGCGAUUCUUCUACGUGAGGAUACCGUACGAGGAAUAUUUCUUGAGGCAGUUUUUCGGUAGUCAGUACGAGGAUUAUGCCAAAGGAGUUCCUUCUGGAGUUCCAUUUGUGAAGUGAUGCUCUUAUAAUUUGUUAGUAAGACAUUUGACUUACCUGUAACAUGUGGAUUGGCAAUAUAAUGCUAGUUUUGUGAAAUGGCCAAAUAUCAUGUUUGGACUCU